UCUUCCGUGGCAGCGAAAGAAAAUGAUUGUCCAAUGGGGAGGGACCCUCCUCCUCCUCCGCCUCCUCCUCCUUCCUCCUCUUUUGUCAGCUCCUCCAAAACAGCCGCCACCUGUAAGCCUUCUCCAACUUUCUAGACCUUCUCCGGCUGUUUCCUAACGACCACUUUAUAACAGAGCUGUCCCGCCAUGUCUGCUCUCGUAGAUCUCUCUGCAACUUUAAGUGAAGCUCCAUUGAAAUGGCCUCAACUACCCUGUUUAUGAGCCGUCCCUUACUGCCUCUGAAGUCCGCCGGAAACAAGACCAAGAACAGGAGCAGCAAUAGCAGUUGUUAUCCCACGGUUGUCUCUUUUAGCAAAGGACCGGUUUUCGAGAAGACCCAUGUCUUGUUUUGGCUCCCCUCGAGGCCCAGAUCAAUCAGAACAGUUAGUUUCUCUGUCAAAGAAGAGAACGAAAACUCGUCCGUCGCUGUAAUCUCCGAGAAGACCGGGGAUGAUAGAGAUGGAGAUGAGAAAGAAGAUGAACGUAGGGAGGCAGAGAAGGAGGAGGGGGAGGAGGAGAAGGAUAAGCAGCAGGAGAUGGACUGGAAGACCGACGAGGAGUUCAAGAAGUUCAUGGGAAGCCCUUCGAUUGAGGCCGCGAUCAGGUUGGAGAAGAAGAGGGCUGACAGGAAACUCAAGGAGCUCGACCAGGAGAGCAGCGGCAAUCCGCUUGUCAGAAUCUUCAAUAGUUUACAGCGCGGUAGCCUUGCCCGGGAAAGGGAGAGGUUGGAGAAGGCUGAGGAGGCCUUCAAGGCUCUCGAUCUUAACAAAUUGAAAAGCUGCUUCGGGUUUGAUACUUUCUUCGCAACUGAUGUUCGGAGGUUCGGAGAUGGUGGCAUCUUCAUUGGGAAUCUGCGGAAGCCUAUUGAAGAGGUCAUUCCUAAGCUGGAGAAGAAGCUAUCCGAAGCUGCUGAAAGAGAAGUAGUUGUCUGGUUCAUGGAGGAAAAGGCAAAUGAGAUUACCAAACAGGCCUGCGUAGUGCAGCCCAAGGAGGAAAUAGAUCUCCAGUUCGAGUUGACUAAGUUGAGCACUCCUUGGGGUUAUUUCAGCUCCAUCGUGUUGUGUGUUGCGACUUUCGGGACAAUAGCUCUGAUGAGCGGCUUCUUCCUUAAACCGGAUGCCACAUUUGAUGACUACCUAUCCGAUGUUGUGCCCCUCUUUGGUGGCUUUCUUUCAAUUCUUGGAGUUUCAGAGAUAGCUACAAGGGUCACAGCAGCUCGAUAUGGUGUAAAGCUGAGCCCGUCCUUUCUUGUCCCGUCGAAUUGGACGGGUUGCUUGGGAGUAAUGAACAACUAUGAGUCUCUGCUUCCGAACAAGAAGGCCCUUUUUGACAUUCCCGUGGCCCGCACGGCUAGCGCCUACUUGACAUCUCUUGCCCUGACAGUUUCUGCUUUUAUUGCCGAUGGAAGCUUCAAUGGUGGUGACAACGCAUUAUACAUAAGGCCGCAGUUCUUCUUUAACAACCCGCUGCUUUCUUUUAUCCAAUUUGUGAUCGGGCCUUACACAGACGACCUCGGGAAUGUUCUUCCCUAUGCAGUGGAAGGCGUCGGGGUUCCUGUCGAUCCCCUUGCUUUUGCAGGGCUUUUAGGCAUGGUGGUAACUUCCUUGAACCUGUUACCAUGUGGAAGGCUCGAAGGUGGGAGAAUCGCACAGGCCAUGUUUGGGAGAAGCACCGCGACUCUGCUCUCCUUCGCGACUUCGCUCCUGCUGGGGAUUGGAGGACUGAGCGGCAGCGUCCUGUGCUUGGCCUGGGGACUGUUCGCGACCUUCUUCCGGGGUGGGGAAGAGAUUCCAGCCAAGGACGAGAUUACGCCAUUGGGGGACGACCGGUUCGCCUGGGGGAUCGUGCUCGGGCUCAUAUGUUUCCUCACGCUGUUCCCUAAUGUGGGAGGGACAUUCUCUAGCUCUUUCUUCAGUGAUCCAUUCUUCAGGGGAGAUUUUUGAGAUAAGUGUAGAUGUACAUGUACCGAUGUUGUCUCUCAAUAUAAAUAUGAUUGAGUUACAGCAAAGUGGAAAAUAUAUACUACUACAGUUGUAAAUGGAAUGGAAGCUUGUUUCAACCUUGUGGAGCAAAUUCGUUGGACCAG